CCAUGAGAGGUUUACUUCUGGUUCUGAUGCUCUUCAUAUUCGCCAUUCUGACGGUCCGGGCUCUAAACUGCCAGCCGUGUAAGUUACUGGAAGCCCGGAAGGCACAUGCAAAUGAAACGAAUACCCAGCAGAUGUGAGAAAAAGUGGGGAGUGUUGGGUGUUUCGGAGGUCGGGAGAGGAGUGCGAAGUAAUCAGCAGCUUGUUUGACUAAUUAGCAAAACUUACGCACACACAAAAGCAUCAAAAACUUUUAUUCACACUCUCGACACAAACGACUCAGAUUCGAAACUCAGUCUUAAUUGAAUGCUCGCAGCGAGACGACGACGUGUUCCGCACAGAAAACCCCAUUCAUUCCACAUAUCCACGUAUAACGUAUAGAAAACAUGAAGUAUCUGACUUUGCUGGUCGUUUUGGGCCUUUUGAUCGCCCUCUUUGCCGGAUCCUCGGAGGGCAGCUAUUGUCCUUGCGAUCUGAAGACCAAGGGCACUGAGGUCUGCGGCUCAAAUGGUGUUACCUUCAAAAAUCGCUGUGAGUUUGAGUGCAGCCAAAGGGAUUACAAGAAACUUGGACGCACCUUGAACAUCAGGAAGGAUGGACCUUGCAACUAGACAAACUGAAAUCAACCUUCGAUACCAACUGGAUUCAAAUACCUAAAUACUGUAGUGAUGAGUGCUGUGAGAUGGUUUUUGAGAUGAUAUAAUAUGAAUAACUAUCAAAAGCUUAAUACUCUUACUAAAACAAUCUGAAAUGCUUUCUCUCGUUUAUCAGUAAUGUAUAUUAUAACCAAGAUACUCUAAACAAAUAAAGCAUGGUGUUUAUUAAUUAAACUGAAA